UAUUAAUUUUAUUUAUUUAUAAAUAAAUACAGAAAAUUCACCUACUGUAUAUAGCUAAGAAUUGAUACAGACUUAAUACCGUAACAUAUCCUCUUCGUCAUCAUCACCAUGUUUAUUUUUUCUUAGUUUUCUCCUCUUUGAUCAUAUGACUGAAUGAGUGCAAAUAUUGGUUGAAGAUCCGGAAUGUCCGGACACCAGACAGAAGAGCUGUUUGAAUUUUUUGGAAUUCAGAAAAUUAAAAUAGCCCUUUCAUUCCCGAUAAAUGCCGCCCCAAACAUAAAGACCCUAUAAUUUUUAAAAAAUGUAUAAUUUCGCACUCAACAACUGCUACUUGACCGAUAGCCGCUUUUCUCGUUCUAAACGCGCAUAACUAUUUUGUUUUACUUUCAAAAUGCCACUAUUUUCAUCUGAAUAGGCCGGGAUUCAAGGCAGCAAUCAACCCGAAGGAACUACGAGUUCCAUCUUGCAAUGCUUCAGUUUUUAUCGCGACAUUCUCUCGGUUUUUCCGCUCUCCACCUUGUAGUUGAAUUCUCACCUCUGCAAAUGCAUACGUAGAAGUUUUCGGAUUCUAUAUUUUGCAUCACAGAUGUGUUAGGAGAGGGGUGUGAACUGGCUUUGCUGGAAACAAAGGGACGGAGAAGACGUCGUGUUCGGAUUGUUCUCUUCCUGUUUACUGCGGGGGAAGUCUCGGGGAAUUAAGUGAAUUUGCACUAAGCAACCCAGCGUAGGUUGUGGAAUUCUGUAGAAACGUUCUUGGAACGUAGUUUCGCAGCCUUCAGAAAACUUGCUUCUGCAUGCCUCACAGUCGGCUGCAAGACUAAGAAAGCGAGUUUUCGUGCCUCUCCAUAUCAGCUGAUGGACAAUUGAUUGAGGAGGAAAUCCGUUUGCCCCACGUCCGUCUCAUUUCCCCUUGCCGGUACUGUCCGCUGACCGACGUCUAGCGCAAAGAGGAAGAAAUAAUGCUUGAGGUGAAGAAAGAAGCCUUUGGUGAAUUGCCUCUUGGCGGAGGAACCGUGGAAAAAUUCCUGCUCGCAUCCGACACGGUCAGAGUGGAAAUCCUAUCCUUAGGCUGCAUAAUCACCUCCUUGAAGACUAAAGACAGAAACGGAAAAUUUUCAGAUAUUGUUCUAGGCUUUGAUCAUUUGGAAGGUUACCUCAGCAAGCAUCCUUAUUUUGGAGCUACCAUUGGACGGGUUGCUAACAGAAUUGCCAAAGGGAAAUUUACAGUGGAAGGGCAUGAAUACCAACUGGCCAUCAAUGACGGCUCCAACAGUUUGCAUGGAGGAGUCAAAGGGUUUGACAAGGCUAUCUGGUUGCCUGAAAUCCUGCCAGAUGGUGUCCACUUCUUCAGAAUAAGUCCAGAUGGUGAAGAGGGAUAUCCUGGUGAGCUGAAAGUGUGGAUAUCAUAUACACUCAAGGAUGGGGAGUUAACAAUUAAUUACAGAGCUCAAACUAGUAAGACUACACCAGUCAAUCUAACAAACCAUGCUUACUUCAAUCUUGGAGGUCAGGGCUCAUCUAAUAUCUAUGACCAUGAAUUUACCAUAGAGGCAGAUUGUUACUUGCCACUGGAUGAAAAACUGAUUCCAACAGGAAAUAUCUCGCCAGUGCAGGAUACUCCAUUUGACCUGCGAAAGCCUAAAGAACUUGGGACACAUUUGCAGAAGUUUCAGCUGAAUGGAUUUGAUCACAACUUUUGCUUGGUCCAGAGAAAAGAACCACAUUUCUGUGCCAGAGCUUAUCAUCCUCCUAGUGGCCGAACGAUAGAAGUUUAUACAACUCAACCUGGUGUUCAAUUUUAUACAGGAAAUUUCCUGGAUGGGACUCUAAAGGGUAAAGAGGGCCAGGUGUACUUCAAGCAUUCUGGUUUCUGCCUUGAAACACAAAACUGGCCAAAUGCCAUGAAUCAGCCUAAUUUUCCAGAUGUCCUGCUGUACCCAGGAGAUGAAUACAAUACCACAACAUGUUUCAAGUUCUCUGUAUCUUAAAUGAAAUCAUCAUGUUCUUGUGCCAUAUUCCUCAUCGGACAUUGGUGAACAUGUUGGCAAUUCUAUUUUUGUCAACAGCUGCAUGAAAAAGUGCUGCUGAGUUUUGUCCAAACCAGUCCCUUAGGUUUUGAAACCAAAUGAAAUCUUGCUACAAGUUAAUUUUGCAAAAAUAUUUUAAGUGAUUCAAGCAGAUUCUGAAUAUCCUAAUUAUAGCUCAAAUUUCAUCAGCCAUUAAAAAGGUAGUAUUUGGAUAAGUCCCCACUUCAUAGUAUAAAAGUAGCAAAAUUUAAGUUCAGUCAACAAAUUGAAUAUUAUCAUCUCUACCUGCAGUUUACCACCUUUUGAUAAAUUUUAUAUUACACCAUGUAAAUAGGAAGUGAAGUCCUAAUUUAAAAUCACGAAGACUUUCAUUAAGGUGGUUUGUGGCAAUGUUCCUUACAAUGCAGGUAUUACUGAGACAUCAUAAUCUGAUCAGAUAUUUGGCAAUGCUGUUUCAACUAUUCCAGAAUUUAAGAUUCCAAACAAUGUGUGGUCGUCUCUUUCAUUCAACCAUUUUCUGGGACUACAAGGGUUCUAUGCAGACUCAGGAAGAGGCAGAGCCAAAGAUGUAACGUGAACAUACUGAUACAGUUCUUAAUGGUUGCGUAUAUCUUUAAUGCACUGCCAAAUUUCAUGGUUAGGUGCAAGUCAGCUAAAAAUGUCAAUUGGUCUUACCUGAACUGCAAGUCUAUAAGUCCCCGUGGGAGGAGUUAUCGAUGGAUAUUCUCAGACCCCAUUUGCCUUGAGACUGAGGUUAAAGUGAGGCCACUUCCCUCUGCCUCACUUCCUGGCUCCAGUUUAAUCGAAGGUCGGCAGUGUAGGAGGAAUCUGAUAAGGAAUGGUAAGGAACAACAACCGGAACACAAGAACAAAUACAACCAGUCUAGAACUGAACCGACCAAACUCAAACAAUGACGCUCAGGCCUUCUCCGUGACAGCACCCAAUUAGGGUGGGAAGUGAUUCCAUCCACUUAGGGGACUUAAGAGACAUGCAGUUCAGGUAAGAUCAACUAGUCUCCUAAGUGACCCUGUGGGAGGAGUCAUCGAUGGGACAUACCAACACUCAAAUGUCCCAGGGAGGGAAUCGGAAGCCUGAGCCUCCCGAGGUUCCAACACUGCAGAACCCGCCUACCAAAUUGAGCCUCCGCUGAAGCAUAAGCGUCCACCCGAUAAUGCCUGAUGAAAGCCAUAGCGGAAGCCCAGGCCGCUGCCCUGCAAAUAUCCUCUAUGGGUGCCUGAGUUGACCAGGCCGCUGAUGUGGCCACGCUCACUGUGGAAUGGGCCGUAAUGCCAGAUGGCACUGUAAGGCUGUGAGCUUCGUAGGCUCUCGUGAUAACCAGCCUAAUCCAUCUACCUAUGGUAGCUGAGGAUACCCUGGCCCCAAGGGUGGAAGGUUGAAAGGAGACGAACAACUCCUCCGACCUCCAGAAGGGAGAAAUGCGCUUAAGAUAGAUGCGCAACACCCUCUUCACAUCUAGGCGAUGCCAGGAACGUUUCCUCUCCCCAGAAGUCCGGCAGGACCUCUUGCGCUUUAUGGAACGGGGAAUUGACCUUGGGCAAAAAUCAAGGGUCCAGCCUGAGGACAACCCUGUUUUCAUGGAAUGUGCACAGAUCCUCCAUGGAGGACAGUGCAUUGAUCUCAGAGAUACACCUGGCAGAUGUAAUGGUCACCAGGAACACCACCUUCAGGGUGAAGAGCUGCAGGAUCACCAUCCUCAAUGGCUCGAAAGGAGUCCCCAUCAGUGCCUGCAGGACAGUUGAUAAAUCCCAUGUGGGGAAAUGAUGGAUCAUAGGAAUCCUAAGGUUAGCAGCCUCCCGGAGAAACCUCUUAAUGAUCGGGUCCUGCGCUAAGGAACGGGAGCCCAACCCCCCAAGAACUGUUGCCACUGCCAACCUGCCUCCUAAGGGUACUGUGGGAAAGCCCCUUGUCCAGCCCCGUCCUGUAGGAACUCCAGCACCUGAGGUGUCGAGGCUUGCACUUCUCCAGCAGAUGCAAGAGCAGCAUUAUGGGAACAGAGCGCGCCUGUGAAUCUGCUGAACCUGUUGACAUACUAUCCCUACAAUCUUGGGAUAGGAGCACCCUACUCUCCACCAUGUCAAUAACCGCUCCCAGGUGUUGCAACCUGGUAGAGGGCUCUAAAUGGCUUUUUUCAAAAUUUACCAAGAACCCAAAGGACCGCAAGGUCCAGAUGGUGAUCUGAAGGUCCUUCGCAGCCCUAGGGUUGCGCGCGUGUACGAAGACAUCAUCCAGAUAACAUUGAAUUCGGAUCGGGACGGAUCUGAGGUGACCUGCGACCACUGCCAGCACCAGUCCAAAGGGAAGGACCCUGUACUGAUAAUGAACCUAACUUAAUCUGCGCAUAAUCUCAGGCUUCACCGGGUUCCGAGAGGAGGAAAAAAGCCUAAAAUAAGAAGGGGGGGGUGUGAGAACAAAACUCUAAAUGUAACCCAAAACAAGCAGUGCGAAGGACCCAUUCAUCAGAGGUGAUGAGGUCCCAGCGGUUCGCAAAAUGGGCAAGGCAACCGCCUAUGGAAGAUCCGAGCCCGGAUCAUUUGUUCCUGCAGUAGGAACGGCCACCUCCCCCCUCAAAAGGGCUGCUUCUUGGGCUGUUGGUAUCAAUUUCUGUCCCUAUAAUAUUGUUUAUCCCACUGUCGAGGCUACCUAGGAGGGGGUACCUCUGUUGCUGCUGGUAGUCCUGCUCUGGAGGCCGAUAUGCAGGCCUCUAAUAGGGUAUUGACCUUUGCUCUGCCCGCUUGGAAGUAGAAGGAAGGAUCUUAUGCUUGUUUUUGUCCUUCACCAGAAGCGGAUCAAGGGAGGCUCCAAACAGCUUGUCGCCAGAAUACUCUGCUGCAGUUAGCUUCCACUUGGAUCGGGCCUCCGCCUGCCAACCACAGAGCCAAAGAAGUCUCCUGGACGCCACCAAUGUGGCGAACGCUCUGGAAGUGUACUUGAUUGCCAGUGGACUCAGAGCCCCAAUCGCUGCUGGAAAGCCUCGCUAUUGCCCAGCCAUCUCAAAACACACAGGGAAGGCAAAGGGAGGAGGCGGGGGAGGCAAGGAUGGAAAAUUCUCACAAAAACGAUCCAAACUCGGGAACCAAGAAAUUAGUCUCCUAUUAGGCCGAAAGACAGACACUAAACUGGAGCCAGGAAGUGAGGCAGAGGGGAGUGGCCUCAAUUUAACCUCAGUCUCAAGGCAAAUGGGGUCUGAGAAUAUCUAUCGAUGACUCCUCCCACAGGGUUACUUAGGAGACCAGCUCGAUACUAGUGUAUACCAGGGGUCUGCAACCUUAAACGCUCAGAGCCACUUGGACUCAUUUCCCAUAGAAAACACUGGGAGCCACAAAACUUGAGUGGCUGCGGCCAACUCAACAUCACCUAUUUUCCCCCCACACUCACAUCCCCCCCCAGCCAUGCCUACCCAGCUAGUCAUUAGGGCAUAGAACCAGUUGUUAAAAAACACCUGGAACCAGAAUUUUGACAUACCUCUUUCCCUUUUGUAUCUCUCUCCCCCUCUCUUGUCUCUCUCCCCCAUCUCUGUAUCUGUUUCUCUGUCUCCCCCCCCCCCAUCUCUUUAUGUCUGUCUCAGGUUGUCUGUGGUUGUGAGAAGGGGAGAAGGAGGGUCUCCUGAAGGGUAGCUUCUGCAACGGUUCACCCUUGUUCCUUAGCCAGCCAAGAUUUCCAAAAAGUUGCCAAGAAGAAAGAAGAGUAGGGAAGAGCCCCAAGGAGAACUCACCGGAUUGGCGCAGCAUCGGCUUUCCAAGAGAGAAGAGAGACACAGAGAUAGACAGAAACAGACACACAGAGACAUAGAGUGAGUGAUACAGAGGGGAGAGACUAGCUGAUGGGUGAGCGUCAUUGGCGAGAGUACUCCAAGCCUGACCCCCUGGGUGGGCAUGCAAGAUUCAGUGGGGCCAGCCCUCUUUUCCCGCUGCCCUGAACAGUACUCCCCCAGCAGAGCAGUGCUCCUGCCAGCUUUCAUUGAAAAGCAUCCUACCAUUGAUAGUCCCCCGUGCAAGUUUUAAAGCUGUGGCUGGGUGCUACAGGCCUGUCCCCCAUUCCGCCCCCUCCUUCCAGAUCGUAUUCCCUCCCACCCAACCCUUGUGUUAGCGAAGCUGUCAUCGAUCAAUGGCCGGGUUGGGCCAGUAUCUCGGGGCAGAAAGCAGGUUGUGUGUCUCGCCAAGCAACCGAGGCAUGCCUAGCACCAACAAGGGCCAGAAGAAGCUCCAGCAAAAGUGAGGCACUGGAGAAUCAGCCCAGCUGCUUCUCCAUCCCCGCUGUUGCCCUUACCUUCUCAGGCCAGGCAAGGAGGGGGAGGGAAGGGUGAGGAACAGGGCCAGCCAGUGAUGGGAUCACUCAACAGGGAGCUACAGCAGAAGCAGAAGGCCCAAAGAGCCACAUGCGGCUCCGGAACUGCAGGUUGCAUACAUCCAGUAUACACAAUUUCUUGCCAUUUAACAGCUUAAAACUAUUUUCCACACAAUCUUCCCUGGAAUACUGUAUUUUUUG